UGCACCAGUCAGGACCAGGAGGACCCAGAGCCCCCAUGGAUUAAAGAGGAACAGGAGGAACUCUGCACCAGUCAGGAGGACGAGCAGCUCGUACUGAAGCAGGAGAAGGACACGUUUAUGGUGACUUCUACUUAUGAGGAAAGUGACCACAGUGAACCAGAACCAAACAGUGACCGGCUUUUCUCUCACAUUUCUCCUUUUGUUGAGAGCCGAGAUCAGGCAGGAAGUAAGCAUGUGGAGUCAGGAUUAUCCAGAAAUUCAGAGCUGGAGCAAAAGAAAAGACAUAACAGAAACAGCAAUUACAAAAACACUGUCGACGUCUCAUCCAUGUCAGAGAGUCACUGUGAUACUGACACAGAGAAAAAGACUGUAAUAUGUGACGUCUGUGGAAAAGCCUUUAAAGAUAAGUCCAAUUUAAAGAGACAUUACAGAAUCCACGCAGGUGAGAAACCAUUUGCUUGCAAAACAUGUGGGAAAAGUUUCAGUCAAAGUAAUCAUUUGAAAGUCCAUGUGAGAAUCCAUACAGGUGAAAAGCCAUACCUCUGUAACAGCUGCGGGAAUAGAUUUAGUGACCAUACAGCAUUAAAAAGACAUACAGCAAUCCACACAGGUGAGAUGUAUGCUUGUGAAACAUGCGGUAAAAGUUUCAGUGGCAGCGGUCCUCUGAAAGUCCACAUGAGGAUACACACGGGUGAAAAGAAGUACCUUUGUAACACCUGUGGAAAAAGGUUUAGCGACCUUUCAGCACUGAAACGGCAUACAGCAAUUCACACGGGUGUAAAGCCGUACCUUUGUAACACCUGUGGAAAACAUUUUAGUGACGUUUCAACAUUUAACAGGCAUACAGCAAUCCACACAGGUGAGAAGCCAUACCUUUGUAACACAUGUGGGAGAAGAUUUCAUACGUUAUCACACAUUAUGCGUCACAUGGCAAUCCACACAGGUGAGAAGCCGUAUUCUUGCAACAUAUGUGGGAAAUGUUUCAGUCAAAGUGGUAAUUUGAAAGUCCACAUUAGAAUCCACACAGGUGAGAUGUCAUCAUCCUGAAACAUCUGUAGGAAAAAAUAAUCUGAGAACUAAGCUUGAAACAUUAAGAAGUGGUUCAGGUUAAAAGUAGAUCUUUGAGAUCAGAAAUUCUACCUGCUGGUGCUGUACGACCAGCAUGCUACAAAAAUACUAUACAGGGAUUGGAGGGACUCUGAGUCUCCAUCGAAGUGCUGAUGGAUGAGAAGACAGCAAAAUACAGGCUGUCAGAGUCAGUCACUGUUGUGUUUGAAAAUUUGUGGAAAUUUGUGAGCAGUUUGACGAUUUGACCAGAUGGUGGAGAAGGGCUGCAUCCAUCUGACGCUCAAAGAAACAGCUGGAAGCAGCCAGUCAGAUAAAUGCUACGUUUUAAACUCCUUCAUUUAAGAAUAAAUGUGAAAUGUAGAAGGUGCUUUUGUUUCUUAAUUUUUUUUCAGAGUAUUGUUUUGUUUGAAAUAACACUAAGGUAUUUUUAUCACUUGAUAGUUGACAAGUUUUUGUUCUUUUGUUCAUAAUCACUUUAAUAUAUGUGCUGCUAGUUCGACUUGUAGCGCUUACUGCUUACUGACUGGAAACACUUUUAAUCUUUAUACUACUGUUUACUGUUAUGCACUAAAACAGCACAAAGUCAGAUUUCUUGUAUGUGAAAAUGUACUUGACAAUAAAACCUUUCGUAUUCUUA